CAAGAUCUUGAAAUGUAUGGUGUUAACUACUUCAGCAUCAAAAACAAAAAAGGCUCUGAGCUGUGGCUUGGUGUUGAUGCUCUUGGGCUGAACAUAUAUGAACAUGAUGACAGGUUGACACCAAAGAUUGGAUUCCCAUGGAGUGAAAUCCGAAACAUAUCAUUUAAUGAUAAGAAGUUUAUCAUCAAACCAAUCGAUAAAAAAGCACCAGAUUUCAUAUUCUAUGCGCCUCGUCUCCGCAUUAACAAGCGUAUCCUAGCAUUGUGCAUGGGAAACCAUGAACUCUAUAUGCGCCGACGUAAGCCAGAUACCAUUGAAGUCCAGCAGAUGAAGGCUCAAGCAAGAGAAGAGAAGCAUCAGAAACAAAUGGAAAGAGCGCAGUUGGAAAAUGAGAGAAAGAAGAGAGAGCAAGCAGAGAAAGAAAGACAGAAUAUAGAGCGUGAAAAGGAUGAAUUGAUGGAGAGACUGAAACGGGUUGAAGAACAGACUGAAAAAGCUCAAAAAGAACUGGAAGAACAAACUCGCAAAGCACUGGAGCUGGAACAAGAGAGGAAAGCAGCUCAGGAGGAGGCUGAACGACUGGAACAAGAGCGCAGGGUUGCAGAGGAGACCAAGGCUGCUUUAAUUGAACAGUCCCAAAAUCAAAUGAAAAAUCAAGAGAAUCUGGCCUCUGAACUUGCAACACUCACUUCUCAAAUCAGUCUAUUAGAGGAAACUAAGAAGAAGAAAGAAGAGGAGGCCUCUGAGUGGCAGCGGAAGGCUGCUUUAGCACAGCAAGAUCUGGAAAAGACCAAAGAGGAACUUAAACAGGCUACGACAACCCCACCUAUUCAAGUGACCAUCCUGCAGGCUGAGAAUGAGCAUGCAGAUGAGCAUGAUGAGAAUAGUGCAGAGGCUAGUGCUGAACUCAGCUCUGAGGGGACUGUUCAAGAUCGCAGUGAGGAAGAGAGGCUGACUGAGGCAGAGAAAAACCAACGUGUACAGAAGCAGCUACAAGCAUUAACAUCUGAGCUGGCCCAGGCACGAGAUGAGACCAAGAAAACACGGAAUGACAUGCUACAUGCAGAGAACAUGAAGGCAGGACGUGACAAGUACAAAACCCUGAGGCAGAUUCGACAGGGCAACACCAAGCAGCGGAUUGAUGAAUUUGAGUCCAUGUAAAUCCCCAUUUCCUGUGACCUGCAUAAGCCACUACAUGGGAAUGAAUUUUGGUUUCAUUAGGAGUUGCCGAGAAACCCUUUUUAUUAAUAUAUAGCUUGUUCAGAUCAGCAAAGAUGUAUUAAAUUGUUUCAGUUCUUGUAUAGCAUAAAUGUAGUCUUUGGUUAUGAAGUUCAGAAUUAAUGUCUCUUAUUACACCAACUCUCAUUCCCUCAAAGCCUACUGCUUUAUUGACUACUAUUUUUUUGGACCAUUCGUUAAGUAAUAUUGUGUUGGUCCAUCUUGUGAGAGCCUUCACUGUCCUAAAUUCUAUUUAAUAAAAAAACUUUAAAUGGGAUAAAAAUGAUGCCAUUUGGUAGGAUGUUGGCGUUGAUUCAAAUAGAGUCCUCCCUAGGAAGGAAAUGUGGCUUUUGCUUUUAAGUAAAGUCAUUACUACGAAACUCGUUAGCUCAUCUUGUUUAGUAUGUGGAUUGGGUUUUCACAUGUUGAGAACCUGUUUGGUAAUCGAGACCACCUUUUUUAAUCAGUGUUUAUUGCCAAGUAAUGUUAAACAAACCUUGAUUUUUGUGAUGGCAUAACUUUCAAACUCCUGUCUGCCUCACUGAAACUAAUUCUUGUGAAACUGACUCUUAUUCAAUAUAAUUGAAGAUGGAUAAUAGUUAGGGAGAUCCCUAUUUGUUUGGUAUAAUUUGCAUAGUCUUUUUUGACUUGUGUACUGUUCACCUUGUCUGAAAUUAGUGAGGCUGUUCCUCUAAUUGAAUUAUAUGUAGCUUGAAAAAUUAUAUAACCUUGUUUUGACUGGAGCACACUGCACUAAAAUUUUAAAUUUAAGGAAUUGCUAAGUUUGGAUGGAUUUGAAAGUGCACAAUAAGUAGAGGUGAUGGUGUUAAACAACAAGUCACCUGGGUUGUUGCAAUUCUACUUUUCAUGUGGAAAGUGUUAAUUUUGGGAAAAUGUGCAAAUUUAUAAAAAAUAAACCUAGUUUUGCAGCUCUCUAUAGGUCAAGAUUUCAAUUUGAACUACUGCAGCUAAAACCCUACAGCUUGACAUUUUAGGCUGGAGUACUUGAGGUGUUACUAAUGCAGACUUUUUUUGAGCUCUCGUUUCUAACUGAACCUUUGUUGCCAAGGGCUACCAUUUAGUGCUGAGUCAUUUCUUCCUAUAUAGAAAUAAGUGCCAAAAAUCUUUCAGUGUUACAGUGCCUAUGUCAAUUUAUUUGCAACCAAGAUUCCUCCCUGUGCAGCUGGUUGCUUUUUUUUCUAAAUAGUAUGAUAUAUUUGAUGUAGUUACUUUGGACUUUAACUAUGCAAAGUAGGAAGAGCAGAAUUAUUUUUGUGACUGAAUUAUUGGUUUGCAGAUUAUAAUAGUCAUGCAUUGUAUUUUUCAGGAUGAUUGAUUAUAAGAAAUGUGCAGUAUUAUAUUGAGACAAGACUAAUCAUUUUGGGGUCAAAUGUGUUUAUCUUUUUACAGUUUCUAUUGCAAUGACUUUGUAAAAUGGGGAAUUCUUGUCAAUAAUGGGGACCCUCAGUUUGUUGAGAAAAGCUGCUUGAUUUCAUUCUCAGUGGUUUGAAUAUUUUCUAUAUACGAAAUAAUAGAAAGUUGGCCAGUGUAAAUUUCUUCUGCACUAGUGAAAUCUGCUCCUUAUUUAACAAUUAACAAAUGGGAUCUCGGUAACAAACUAUUUGCUGUUUUGAGGUUUGUAUUCAAUUUGGUCUUUGCAGCUCUAAUAAAUUUUCAUUUCUGCAUAA